CUAACACAAGGUGGCAGCAGAUUACUUCGCAAAUUUGACAUUCCGCCUGUCAAAAUUUGUUUCUCCUGUCUACGGGAAAAUGGUUCAUGAUAUGGACUAGAAUUUCAUAGUUACCGGCGAUUUUGAAUCAUUAAAACAUAGGAUAAUUACUAGCCUACACUCCAUGAUGUCAUACAGGACAGAGGAAUACUAGAGGAGAUAUUUUUACUUUACUGGUAAUCUGGAAAGAAAACAUCAUGUCAAAGAAAAGUGCUGAGACGGUGAAGGUGGUGGUGCGCUGCCGACCUAUGAACUCCAAGGAGAUAUCGCAAGGUCAUAAGAGGAUCGUUGAGAUGGACAACAAGAGAGGAUUAGUAGAGGUCACGAACCCUAAGGGUCCCCCGGGUGAACCCAACAAGUCCUUCACCUUUGAUACGGUCUACGAUUGGAACUCCAAACAGAUAGACCUUUACGAUGAGACGUUCAGAUCUUUAGUGGAGUCUGUGUUACAAGGAUUCAACGGGACAAUAUUUGCAUACGGGCAGACAGGAACCGGCAAGACAUUCACUAUGGAAGGUGUGAGAUCCAAUCCUGAGCUUAGGGGUGUCAUUCCAAACUCGUUUGAACACAUCUUCACUCACAUAGCACGCACACAGAACCAACAGUUCCUCGUCAGAGCAUCAUAUCUAGAAAUUUAUCAGGAGGAGAUCCGGGACCUAUUAGCCAAAGACCAGAAAAAGAGACUGGACCUGAAAGAGAGACCAGAUACCGGGGUCUAUGUCAAGGAUCUUUCUUCAUUUGUGACAAAGAGUGUGAAGGAGAUAGAGCAUGUAAUGACCGUUGGGAAUAACAACAGAUCAGUAGGUUCAACCAAUAUGAACGAGCACAGCUCAAGAUCUCAUGCAAUCUUCAUCAUCACCAUUGAGUGUAGUGAGCUUGGUGUAGAUGGUGAGAAUCAUAUACGAGUGGGUAAACUCAACCUGGUAGAUCUGGCUGGUAGUGAGAGACAAGCAAAGACUGGUGCAACAGGUGACCGUUUGAAGGAAGCUACAAAGAUCAACUUAUCUUUAUCGGCUCUUGGAAAUGUCAUCUCGGCUCUAGUUGAUGGUAAAAGCAGCCACAUACCGUACCGUGACUCCAAGCUGACGAGGUUACUACAGGACUCCCUCGGUGGCAACGCUAAGACAGUCAUGGUGGCUAACAUGGGUCCUGCUAGCUAUAACUUUGAUGAGACCAUCACCACAUUGAGGUAUGCUAAUAGAGCCAAGAAUAUCAAGAACAAACCUAAGAUCAAUGAAGACCCCAAGGAUGCCUUGCUGAGGGAGUUCCAGGAGGAGAUCUCAAGACUGAAACAAGCUCUAGAUAAGAAAGGUCCAAGCGACGGAAGGAAGAAGGGAAAGAAGAGAAAACCAGGAGAACAAGGUGGAGACGAUGAUAUUGAAGAUGAGACUGAGGAGGAAGGAGACGAGAUGGAUGAAGAGGAGAUGUACAAGGAAUCUCAACAGAAACUAGAAGAGGAGAAAGAGAAGAUCAUGGCCAACCAGAGCAUGAUCGCAGAGGAGAAGCAGAAGCUCUUGAGUGAGGUCCAGAAGCGUCAAGGUGAGAUAAAGAAAGAACACCAACAAAAGGAGAUGUUAGAAGGCAAGAUCAAGGCUAUGGAGAGUAAGCUACUGGUCGGAGGGAAGAGUAUCGUGGAUCAUACCAAUGAACAACAGAGGAAGAUUGAAGAACAGAGGCUUCUACUGGCAGAGGAAAAGAAUCGUGAGAGAGAUAUGGAGAGGAAGCUGAAGGAGCAAGAUGACAAGACGGUGGAGAUAGAAGGAACGUUCUCAUCACUUCAACAAGAAGUAGAGGUCAAGACUAAGAAACUCAAAAAGUUGUUUGCAAAGCUACAGUCCUAUAAGAGUGAUAUACAGGACUUACAAGAUGAGCAUGCGAGAGAGAGACAAGAGCUGGAGCAGACUCAAAAUGAACUCAUCCGAGAACUCAAACUCAAGAAGGUGAUAGCUGAUAACUUCAUCCCUGUGGAGGAGAGGACUAAGAUCACGACAAGAGCUGUGUUUGAUGAAGAGACAGAAGAGUGGUUACUAACCCCACUAGCAAAGGCUGAAGGACCCUCUCAGAUGGCCAAGAGACCAGUGUCUGCUGUAGGUAACCGCCGUCCCAUCGCAGACUACGCUCGUAUGGCAGCACAGAUGGGUGGCAACCCAAGAUACAAGGCUGAGAACAUCCUGUCCGUUGAUCUUGAUAUGCCAAACAGGACAACACGAGACUAUGAGGGUCCUUCGGUAGCACCCAGGGUCCAGGCUGCUCUAGAUGCAGCACUGCAAGAUGAAGAUGAUCUAGAUCUAGAAGUACAACCUGAAGUUUUCAAGGCCAAGACAAAGCUGAAGAAAGACAAAGUCAGAUCAAAGCAUAAAGCAGUGGCCAAACCUGGGUCAAACUCACAGCUCUACCCGCAGGCCAGAGGGCUGAUACAGAAAUGAUGGCAGUACCUAAACCAAAUGUGUCUUUAUACGCAUAAUAAGUGGGACCUCUCUGUCUCAAGAAGGUCAUAUCUCACACACGCUAUCUUCAUAAAUGGGACCUUCCUGUCUCAAAAAGGCUGUACAGUCAAACCUGUCUAUGGCGACCGCCCAAGGGAAACACCAUAAGUGGUCUUUGUAGAUGGGUGAUCACUACAUAAAGCAGGUUUGACUGUACCUCACACACGCUAUCUUCAUAGGCCCUGAUUAAAGGAAGAUGGCCGUCAGUUUGCAUGUGCAGUAGGUCAUAAUUCACUGACACUAGACUUGAUGGAAAUACCUUUAACUGUCCUCUUAAUUAUCCUUUCUGUUUCUUCUGCUGAUGGAGUAUUCUCUUUACUCAGAAUCGAUAGGUUGGUGCAUGGCCAGUAUAUCCUCUGGCAAGGCAUUUCAUCUUCGCAUCUCUCUUGACCAUGUUAAUUCCUACCAGGUUCCCAUUUACCUCACCUGGGUUGAGUGUGGCAAAUCUAGAUGAAUGUCUUGCCAGAGGGCAUUCGUGCUAUGACAUGGAUUCAAACCCCUGGUGACUAUCCACUAGACCACAACACUUCUACAUGAGCCCUAUACGAGAUAGAAAAAUGUUAUCACUAUUACGAUUGAAAGCAAUAUGUUCUUUGGAAUUGCAUAUGGAAUUUCAUAUCAUAAUAUGAUAAUCCCCAUACAAGAAUAGAGUAUUCUGUCAUUUGGAAUAAGGGUGCAUAAGUAUUUUCACAUGUAACACUAAACAAUACAGUGCCAUGUAUGAACACUCCUUAUCCCGAGACUCAUGUUUUGUUUCAUCAUGCCUCGUUAAUAAAGUAUUUCUGUGUGUGUUUGUGUGAGAAUUUUCAUAAUCUGUGUUCUUUUUUUCCAUGAUGAAUAUUCAUUAUGAAGUUAGCAGCUACAUAAGAUGUAUAAUUAUGUGUAAGCUGCAUGUAUGUAUCAAAUACUUAACAUUUUUAAUGUUACUAUUGUGAAUUAUAUUUAA